AUGACGCCCAGAUUCGACUUUGCUGCAUCCGUGCUCCUCUGUUCAGAGGACAGUACCGCCAUUUUCGACCUUGAGGAGGAGGAAAGAGAAGGGAUUUCGUGUGUUCUUCGGCCGCCGCCGCGCCAUGCCAACGCUCCUUCAGAGGCCUUGUCGAUUGACUUCCCCCUGCAGUCAGAGAGCUGCAUUGAGGCGUUCCUUGGGAGGGAGGAGGAUCACCUGCCCAUGGAGGGCUACGCUGAGCUUCUGCUGCAGCAGGCGCAGCAGCCGGGCGGGUCGGAUUUGGUGGCCAUCAGGAACUCCGCCAUUGAUUGGAUUUGUAAGGUCCAUGACUAUUACAAGUUGGGGCCUUUGACGGUGGUCCUGUCAGUGAACUACAUGGACCGAUUUCUCUCUGUGUACCAUAAUGCUCUAGAGAAAGAUUGGAUGACACAACUCUUAACAGUGGCUUGCCUGUCCUUGGCUGCAAAAAUGGAGGAAACAAUUGUCUUAAACCCCUUAGACUUGCAGGUGGUGGAUGCGGAGUAUGUGUUUGAGCGUAAUACCAUACACAGAAUGGAGAUUUUAGUGCUCAAUACCUUGAGUUGGAGGAUGCAAGCUGUGACUCCUUGCUCAUUUAUUGACUACUAUCUUCACAAAUUCAGUGACGGUGAUGUCGUGUCCGAAAUCAUACUUUCUCGCGCGGUUGAACUUAUCUUGAGCACAUCUAAAGUUGCUGAGUUCUUGGUUUUCAGACCAUCAGAGAUUGCUGCAAGUAUAGCUCUUGUGGCGUUGGGGAAACAUGACAGUUCAGUACUUGAGAGUGUGGCAACUUGUCGCAAAGAAUUAAGAAAGGAAAGAGUAUUAGGAUGCUAUGAAAUGGUUCAAGACAAGAUUGUUAUGGGAGACAUUGUUAUCAAGUCAGAUGGCUCUUCAGUUUUCCCCAAGCAGCACAGCCCCACAGGUGUGCUGGGUGUAGUUGCAUGUGAAAGCCAACAAAGUGAGGACAUAAGUGCUGGAGCUACAGUAUACAAUGAGAGUUCAUCAGCACGCAAAAGGAGGAGGAUUUGCAGAUGA